AUGGAGAACCGCUCAUUCCAAGAUGAAGAGCGUGCGAAUACGGUAGAAUCACAACUCAAGGAAGCGCAAAUGCUUGCCGAAGAGGCUGAUCGCAAAUACGAUGAGGUUGCCCGUAAAUUGGCCAUGGUUGAAGCGGAUUUAGAAAGAGCUGAAGAGCGUGCAGAGGCCGGAGAAAAUAAGAUCGUUGAAUUGGAAGAGGAAUUGCGAGUCGUUGGUAACAACUUGAAAUCGUUGGAAGUUUCCGAAGAGAAGGCUUUGCAACGAGAGGAUUCAUACGAAGAACAGAUCCGUACCGUUUCUGCACGUCUCAAGGAGGUUCGAUUCUCGUCUACGUUCACCAGUCCACUCGAAUUUUGA